AUGUCUAAGCAGCAAAAGAAAAACCUUCCUGAUUCUGAGAAAAUCUGCCUGGGAGAAGAGAAGACCCAGGUAAACGAGGAAAUCCUGCGCAUGCCUAUCAAGAAGAGAUUAUUAUACUAUUUAUAUUCUUCUCCUGCAGGGGUUACCACUGAAAUAGGUUCCCCUUCUCAGGCACAAAGCCCUCCAGAGGGAUCUCAGCAAGAAGUCUGCAGCACCAAUGCUGCACAUGAAUCAAAUGUAAGAUCAGAAGAAGCUGGAAAAGGCAAAAGUAAGAAAAAACAAAAGGCUUCCACCAAGAUGGCCACAACUGCAGAAGUUCAGGCGGCUGCUACCACAAAGAGAAAGUUACGCUCUUCAUCUCGUGCUGCACAGGUUACUCCUGAGAUGGGUUCUGCUUCUCAGUCACAGAGCCCUCCAGGGGGAUCUCAGGCAGAGGUUUCUACCACUGAAGCUACAACUACAGCAAAACGACAAUCAAAAAGAGAACGAAAACCCAAACCAAAGGGGAAGAAGAAGGCAUUCACCAACAUGGUCAACAAUUUGGUGAAUCACAUCAUUGAAAUGUACCAAAAGAAAAAGCCAAUUAUGAAAAAAGCUAUGUUGAAGGUUAUUGAUAAAAAGCAUAAGAAACUCUUCCCAAAACUACUGAGAAGAGCUUCCUUCAACAUAGAAGUAGUGUUUGGCGUGGAAUUAAAGGAAGUUGAUGCCAUCAAAGGCUCUUACAGCCUUGUCGACAAAAUGAGUCUCCCCUACAAUGGCGUGGUGAGUCGUGGCAAAGGGUAUCCGAAGACCGGUCUCCUGAUGCACCUUCUGGGAUUGAUCUUCAUGAAGGGUAACUCUGCCACUGAGGAGAACAUCUGGAAAUUCCUGAAUAAGAUGAAAAUAUAUGACGGGCAGAAACACUUCCUUUUCGGGGAGCCCAGGAAGCUCAUCAUGAAAGAUCUAGUGAGACUGAAAUACCUGGAGUACCGCCUGGUGUAUGACAGUGAUCUUCCUCACUAUGAAUUCCUGUGGGGCCCAAGAGCCUAUGCUGAGACAAGCAAGAUGAAAGUCCUGGAGUUUUGGGCCAAGAUCAAUAAUACCGUCCCCAGUGCCUUCGAGGCCAGGUAUGAAGAGGCUUUGCGAGAGGAAGAACUAGAAGCUGAAGCCAUAGCUUCACUGAGUGAUAGCGCUGAAGACACACAGAGCGAUCGUUCCAUUCUAGAGGUUACCACUCUUCCCACAGUCAUCGAAGUUGAUGAAGAAGACGAAGAGAUUAUAGUCUGUGAUUGA